AGGCUGUGACAGGCAUCAGCGGUCCAGACAGCAGCGAGCUCUGCCUCCUCCUCAGGUGAACUGAAGGCUGCACAGUUUGGGAGGAAAAAAAAAAAAAAUAAAGAAGAAAAAAAAAAACACGGAUUUCAACCUGCGACAUUUUCUGCCUUCUUCUGGAGUCAAGUGAUUUCUGGAUGGGACUGACAGCCGCAGACAUUGCAUGCAGCACAAUUUGAGAGGAACCUUCGUCUCCAGACCAGCCCUCUGCCCUCGGCCGUUCCCCGCAGAAGAAUGAGCUCCUUGCCCCAUGGCUCCCGCGCCUCCAUCGACAUCCUGGAGGAACUCCAGCUCAUUGCUGCACAGAACCUGGAAAAACUGGACAUCAGCAAGUACUAUGAGGUGAUCCGAGAGCUGGGCAAGGGCACCUACGGCAAAGUGGACCUGGUCAUCCACAAAAUCAGAGGCACAAAAAUGGCCCUGAAGUUUUUGCGGAAGAAGACCACCAAGCUAAAGAGCUUCCUGCGGGAGUACAGCAUCUCCCUCUACCUGUCGCCCUGCCCCUUCAUCAUCAACAUGUUCGGCAUCGCCUUCGAGACCGACGAGUACUACAUCUUCGCCCAGGAGUACGCCUUGGCGGGGGAUCUCUUCGACAUCAUCCCGCCGCAGGUGGGGCUCCCUGAGACCGUGGCCAAGCGCUGUGUUCACCAGGUGGCCAUCGCCUUGGACUACCUGCACUGUAAGAAGCUGGUCCACCGGGACAUCAAGCCCGAGAACAUCCUCAUCUUCGACAAAGAGUGCCGCAAGGUCAAGCUGUCCGACUUCGGCAUGACGCGGCGCGCCGGCUCCCCGGUGAAGCGCGUGAGCGGCACCAUCCCGUACACGGCCCCCGAGCUGUGCGACACCUCGCAGCACGAGGGCUUCUGCGUGGACUACAGCACGGACGUGUGGGCGUUCGGCGUGCUGCUCUUCUGCAUGCUGACCGGAAACUUCCCGUGGGAGAAGGCCAUGCCGUCCGACGCCUUCUACGACGAGUUCGUCCGCUGGCAGCUCCGCCGGACGGGCGCCGUGCCCUCGCAGUGGCGCCGCUUCACGGACGAGGCUCUCCGCAUGUUUCGCCGGCUCCUGUCCAUCGAGCAGGAGCGCCGCUGCUCGGUCAAAGAGGUCUUCAGCUAUUUCAAUCAGUGCUGGAUGCUGGACACGGAGAACGGGAAUAGCGGCGGUGGCUCGGAGGGGUUAGGGGGCAGCAUGCCGCCGCUGGACAUCAGCUCCUCCUCGUCUGAAGAGGACGUCUUAGUGGACAGACUGAAGCAGCAGACCCUGUCACCCGCCUGCGUGGCGAAGGGCGGCAUCCUGAUGGACACCCACUACUCCUCCAUGUCCACGAACAGCUCGCCCUCGUCCACGGGCAGCUACGAGCGGGUCAGCCGGGACAGCAACGGAGGCGGGCGCAUCCUGGUAGCCACACCCAUCGAGAUCUGCGUGUAGAGGCAAUCGCUGCGACUUUGUAGGCCACGCGCGCGCACACGUAGAGGUCGUGUGUGUGCGCAGCUGCGUAAUGUGAAAGAGAUUUCUCCCAGUGUGGAAAAAGAGGAGAAAGAAAAGAAAAGAGCGGCGGUGGCUGGUGCUUGUGGCGUCGCGAGGCGUCCUCAGCUGUCGGUCGGUUGUAGCUUCCUGUGGAUUUCUUCAUUUCCGAUGAAGACGCACUCUGAAGGAAUGGCGGGAAAGUGAGACAAUCACAUGCUAUAGCCAACUCACGGUUUAUUAAAUCAGUUAGUGGAACACAUAAACUCACUGGAUGACUUUUGAAAAAGAGCUGAUGCAGAGGGCGGAAAAAAAAAAACAAAAAAAAAACACUCAAGCAAUACACUCAACGUUUCGGGAACAAUCCAGUCACUGCAGAAGCGAUUUGGUGAAGAAGACGGUAAAAGAAAUAAUCUGCUUUAACUGCAUCAGUAAGAUAUUUGUGCAUUUAAAAAAAAAAAAAAAAAUUAAAAAAAAAAAAAAAAAAGGUCUUCAGUGUGGCAUAGUGUGACCGAAGGUACUGUUGUGUGUUUGUAUUGUAUAUUAUAGCAUUUUUACGUUUGGUAGAUAUUUUUUUAAUGUAAAGUCUGUUUUGUUUUUUUGUUGUUGUUUUAAAAAAAAAAAUGAUUUAAAUUAUUAAUUUAUCUCAGAUGAAUAUAUUUGGGAUUUGUUUUAUAAAGUAGCAUCAGAGAUUUGAAAGUUAUUUUGAUAUUUUGGGGAAGAAACGAUGCUAAUAAUCAUUCUUCUGGGAGCUGUUUUCAGUUUGUUUGUUUUUUUGACUUUUUUUAGUCGUCGUCGUCGGUGUACUGUAAACCAGGAACCUCCCAUAAGUAGAUGUAAAUGACUGAGUCGAUAUUUUGUUCAUCUUAAAUGUCCUUUUCAUGUUUGCCUGUGACACCUAACCCUUGCUGUACAGUAACGUACCGGAAAACACGUCGUCAUCACCGCUGAGUGUUUACUGAGUAUUUCCGAGGUGGAUAUUUACUGGAAGUCGCCGUUCCCCCUGACAAAACAACGCAAAUUGUGACGGCUGCCAAUCAUUUCCAGUCCAGUCAAUAUUUUAAAAUGACCCAUUUUUCUGUUUAUUGUAAGAUGGCUUACGUGAUGAAUGAGCUAAAAUGCACAUUUCAUGAAGGAAAAAAAUCGACCCUUUCAUGUUCAUGUAUACAUUUAUUUAUACAGUGGGUAAAUUGAUUUAUUGGAGAAUGAAGGGGGGGGGAAAGCACAGUGAGCUCAUGUAGUGUUCAUUUUUCUACGUGCAUGGUGUGUAAAGAAACGCGGAGAGCUCAAUUUGAGUUCAUGUGGCAGUGAAAAUGAUUCUUUUGGAAAUUAUAUAGGCCUAAUUGGGACUACGCUUUCAGUUUCGGGAAAGGUUGAGAGGAAAAAAGGGGGGGAAGUCAGUGCUUUAUCUGUAACUUUGUAUAACGCUUUUUGCUGUGAAGUUUUGUUUGAGAGGUAUCGUUUGGGUACCGUGAAAGAGGAUGGACCAAAAAAAAAAAAAAAAAAAAAAAAA